GAAGAUUGUGAUGAGACAGAAGGCAGUAGAGUGUAACAUGAGUUCAAGAUGGUGUUGUUCCAAGACAACCCACUGGCCUUUCUCCUCAGCACAGCUGUGCUGCUGAUCACCACCAGCUGUUUCCUGGCCAUCAGCAUCUCCCUGCACUCAGCAUACCUGUGGCUGGCUGUGGUGUUUGUGGCUCUUAUCUUCUUGGCCACCUUCACCUGUACGUACAGUCUCCCAGGCUACUUUGUGCAAGACCUGACUGUACCUACCUCACACCUGGCUGAUAGUGUAGACGCUACAUCUGAGCGUCAAGGUCACAGCAACUUAUCAUUUGAGAGUGAAACCAACGUUCCGUACUGGAUUCAUGUUGACUUACCACCAGAUUAUGAUGUAGUAGUGGGAAUCAACCCUCCAUCCUAUUCCAAGGCAACUGGAGAAACUAUGAAACUGGAUCUGGUGAAACCGACAGACUCGAACACUCAAGGGAAUGAUCAACCACCGGCUACCUGAUUCCAAGCUAGAGGAACUCCUGCAACAUUCCUUAACUCAGGUUGUCGAACAGUUACAGGAUCAAUCAAAGCCUACUGAGAGAUGUAAAUAACUCAAACCGACCAAAUAUUGGUCGCAAUUCAUCAAAACUCUGCUGAUUAAAAUUAGCCACUACAACAUGAAUAUAGCAGUGAGAUUCAUGGCUGUGAUGAUUGGUGAUUCACUUUGAUAACUUAUUUUGUGAAUUUUUUCUAUGUCAUUUUUGUGACAUAUGUGACAAAACAAAUGAUAUGUUGGUUCUUUCUUAGUGAUGAUAAUAUUUGAUUUUUUUCAAAUGUGCCAGAGUGAUUACACUAUUUUGUAAACAUUAAAUUUUAUGCAAGAUUUAACAGUUUGAAAAAAAAAAACAAAAGACCUAUUGUCAUACAGAACAUAUAUGUUCUGAAAGCUACCUAAGCAUUUAAUUGACGAUGUUGAACAGUGAAUUUUGCUCAUUACAAGAUUCAUGCUUAUUGAAAUUCACAAGUAAAUAAACAAUGACUCCAAUUAUUUACUUGAAAGCUGUCAACAGAUUUUAUUAUUUGGAAGUUAUUAAGUUUAUGGUUUUUAAAUCACAAACCUAAAAGUUUAUUAAAAUAAAUUUAAAUAGGGUUGAUAAUUUUUAACAUGGUUUUGUUGUGGUUCAUAUACAUUUACAGCAAGUGGAUUUUUCCGAUUUUCAAAUCUUAAGUCAGUUUUGGUCCCUGAUUUUUUCGUACUGACAUUUGACAAGGUUACUUACUACAGUCGGGACCACGAGAGUCUGCAGUUGAGGGAGGAGCCUAUUUACCACGUGACUUUGAAGGAGCCAAUGAGGACAGUUGCCAAAUCCAAUAAUACCAGCUGAUUUGAAAAUAUUGUUUACCGGUCGCGGUAGUAUUUUAAUUAGUGUUGUCAACGGGCGAUAUGGCAACGUCACACUAGCCUUGUCUUGUGAUUGGCUGCCGCCAACUUCAGACUCUCGUGGUCCCGACUUUAGGUACCUAAGCAUCCAGUUUCUAUCCUAUUUAAGGGUUUCAAAAAUAGGAGCAGAGGAGUUUCAAAAAGUGUGCUUUAAUGUUUAAUUAAAAUAACAGAGGAUAAACAACAUUGUACAAAAAAGAUUGUUCCACACAUUAAUAGUAGCUACACUACUGUGAAAUGACCUGUUUUCGUUACAUUUUAUCACCUGCGAAAAUUCAUCAUUACAUUGUUUACUACGGAAAAAGAAUGUUUUUUUGUUUACUAUGCAAAAGUAAUGUUUACUAUCUUUUUUUUUAUUUUGCCGACAAACAAACAAAGAUUUGUUAUUGUUUUGUCAACUGUUUAAAUUUUCAACAACUAAAACUGAACAACUAAGUAAAUAUUAACUUUAAAUUGUAGCCAUAACCUAAAAAAAUGCUAUGAGUUUUGUAAUGUUCCUAGUUGUAAUAAAGAAAUAUCCAAUAUCUGUUUUAAUUAAGAAAAUAAUUAGUCUUUGUAGUGUAGCAAAAAGUAACAUUCAAAAAACGAGUGAAAGUGGUUCUUUACAUGUAGACUCAAAUAUGUAAUGACUCACUUUCUACUCUUGUUAUUAAAUAUACUGUUAAGUUGCUUGACUUAAUGCUGACUUAAUUAACAAAAUUUUUAGUGUGUAAUAAAAAGCAAAUUCUUUGGUUUCAUGAAAGCAAAUUUAUAAUAACUGUUCGAUGAAGGUUAGAGUAUGGCCGUAAUUCUCCGUGUAACAAUUCUAUUAAGUUUUGAUCAAAUGGUGGUACAUGGGAAGUGUCCAAUAUAUAGUAUAAACUCCUCACCUUAAAAGAAACAUAAUUUAAAACAACAGUUUUAGGUGAUUUUUACAGUCUUUUUAUAACUACUUUUCAUAAUUGCUGAAUUUUUUAUAAUUAUAUUUUUUGCAGUUACCGUAUAAAACAGUUUUAAAUUUGCUACUUAAUAAAACAGUUUCUAUUCCCAUGUUUUUAAGU